AUGAGCCCCCUGACAACCAGCCUGACACUCUUCGCGACUUUCUUACUUGUCUACUGCUCGCCCACUCCGCUGCAUUCAAGCAAGGUUGGAACUUUGGCACCUCGCAGCUUCCCAGUCGUUCCUCACACCCUGCCAUUGAAGACUGUACAACGAGGCUCUCAUGGCCCAAAGCAUCGGCGCCAGUCAGAAAUUCUCGUCGAUCCAGGAUAUGAGAGUCACUUCUUGACGGAGGUAGAGCUGGGCGGUCAGUCCGUUGGCCUGCUGGUCGAUACUGGCAGCUCCGACACCUGGGCUGUCACCGCUGGGUUUGACUGCGAUCCGGACUUCGAUUGUGCCUUUGGGGAUACUAUCACGGUCAAUGAUGAGUUCGAUCUCAUUCCAGAUGCCGAGUUUCUUAUCAGCUACGUCGACAAAUCCUACGCAAGUGGUCCCCUGGCGAACACAAGCGUGGGGAUUGCAGAUCUCACGGUGGCAGAACAGACGAUCGGCCUCGCCACAAAGCUUGGUGUCGUUGGGGAUGGCGUGAUGACGGGCCUCCUCGGUCUAGCUUACCCGUGUCUGACUUCGGCGCUCGAGGACGGACAGCCAGUGAUAUACUCGUCGAUUAUCAACACCAUCUUCACCCAGGGCCUCACAGAGCCACUCUUCUCCAUGGCCAUCUGUCGCGACGCCUCCGAGACCGGCUUCGGUGGCUAUCUGACCAUCGGCGGGAUUCCCGACCUCUCAGACCCGACAAUCAACGCCGUGGCAGACUUCGGCUCCGCCCUGCUCGAACUCAAUCCUGAAGUCAGCGGGUGCGGCGACCGCUUUACUCACUACACCAUCAUCCCCGACGGCCUGGCCUGGGCCGACGCCUCAGGCGACUUCGGGGACCAGGAUGCCACACCGUCGCUGUACAUUGUCGACUCCGGGACCACGCUCUCGCGGUUCCCCCCGGCCAUCGCGCAGGCCAUCAACGCCCUCUUCGACCCCCCCGCCACCCUGAACUCCCAAGGUCUCUACGUCGUGUCCUGCGACGCGACCCUGCCGCAGCUGUCCCUCUUCGUGGGCGGUGUCGAAUUGCCCGUCAAUCCGAUUGACCUGGUCUGGUUCUCGGGCGAGAUUUGCGUCUCCGGGGUGCAGAGCAUCCAAGGGGACAGCCUCGUGGGGAUUAUCGGAGACAGUCUCAUGCGGAGCUUGUUGGUCGUCUUUGACUGGGGGGAGAAGAUGGUGCAUUUCGCCAGUAGGCCUGUGUAUGAUUCUUGAACAAAGGGGUGUAUCUUCUUCUCCCUUAAUGCUGGGACAUGAUGACGACUUCUGCCUCUUGAGGACGGGGUUGUUUGUUGACGUAUUUGCAGAAUUGAAUUAUUCAGCUUAACGACAGGAAGAGGAUGACAGGCUUCACAAAGCUA